AUGAAUGGAGCUAUAGAAGCCACCAACAAGUAUAUGAAGAAGAUUCUGAGGAAAAUGAUUGACAAUCAUAAAGGUUGGCAUGAGAUGUCGCUAUAUGCUCUGUUGGGUUACAGAACGACUGUCAGAACGUCAAUUGGAGCUACUCCAUAUUUGUUAGUAUAUGGAAAAGAAGCAAUUAUACCUGUCAAAGUUGAGAUCCCUUCAUUAAGAAUCAUCCAAGAAGCUGAAUUGAGUGAUGCUAAUUGGGUUCGCAAGCGGAUUGAUCAACUAACAUUGAUUGAUGAGAAGAGAAUGGUUGUUGUUUGUCAUGGUCAACUUUAUCGACAGAGGAUGAUUCAUGCUUUCCACAAGAAAGUAAGAGCCAGAAUGUUUGAGAUUGGUCAGUUGGUUCUCAAGCGCUUUUUUCCUCAUCAAGCUGAGUACAAAGGGAAAUUUGCGCCAAAUUGGUAA